AUGUCCAAGUUCUCCUGGAAAGACUUGAUUCAGCUCGGCUCACCUAACAAAGCGUAUGAGUCUAGCUUAGCAUGWAUCGCCCACAUAGAUAUGAAUGCAUUUUUUGCACAGGUUGAGCAGAUAAGAUGUGGCUUAAGCAGAGACGAUCCGGUGGUUUGUGUUCAGUGGAACUCCAUCAUUGCAGUCUCUUAUGCAGCAAGAAAGUAUGGCGUAUCGAGAAUGGAUACGAUUCAGGAAGCUCUAAAGAAAUGUGAUAAUCUUAUACCAAUUCACACAGCCGUUUUCAAAAUGGGCGAGGAUUUCUGGCAGUAUCAUGAUGGAUGUGGAUCUUGGGUACAAGAUCCGGCCAAGCAAAUACAUGUGGAAAAUCACAAGGUGUCAUUGGAACCAUAUAGAAGAGAGAGCCGCAAAGCUCUAAAGAUUUUUAAAAGCGCAUGCGAUUUGGUCGAAAGGGCAAGUAUCGAUGAAGUAUUUCUCGAUCUAGGUCGUCUUUGCUUCAAUACGCUAAUGUUCGAUGAGGCAUACGAAUUACAAAAUGAUAUGAAGCUCAAGGACAUAUUAAGUACCAUUCGCGAGAUAUUCAUAGGGGGCGAUUAUGAUAUAAAUUCUAAUUUACCUCCUAUACCUGAAAAGAUAAAGUCCUUAAAGUUUGAAGGCCACGUAUUCAAUCCCGAGCACAGAAACCUCAUCACUGAUUGGGAUGAUGUAGUACUAGCGCUAGGUUCUCAAAUAACUAAAGGAAUCAGAGAUACUAUAAAAGAUAGUCUGGGGUACACAACUUCAUGUGGUGUGUCAAGUACCAAAAACGUUUGUAAAUUAGCUUCCAAUUACAAGAAACCUGAUGCUCAAACAAUUGUGAAAAAUGACUGCCUGUCUGAUUUUUUAGAUUGCGGGAAGUUUGAAAUCACAUCAUUUUGGACCUUAGGAGGUAUCCUUGGCAAAGAACUAAUGGAUAUCUUGAAUCUUCCGAAUCAAAACAGUAUCCAGUACAUCAGGGAGGCCUGGCCUGACAACCCUGGCCAGCUUAAGAGUUUUUUGGAUGACAAAGUUAGAGAAGCAGAUUUCGAUCGUUCAGCAAGCAAUGUCGACCCUCUCAGGACAGCAGAUUUGGCAGGAAAAUUAUUCGAGUUGAGCAGGGGCCAAUACCAUUUGCCUCUAAGUUCACGCCCUGUUGUGAAAAGCAUGAUGUCAAACAAAAAUCUUAGAGGUAAAUCGUGCAAUUCAAUAGUGGAUUGUAUUUCCUGGCUCGAAGUGUUUUGUGCCGAACUUGCCUCCAGAAUCCAGGAUCUGGAACAGGAAUAUAGCAAGAUUGUGAUACCAAGAACAGUAUCUGUCUCUCUGAAAACAAAAUCUAAUGAAGUAUAUCGAAAAUCUGGUCCAAUUACUUACAAGAGCAUCAACUUUCAAAGUCAUGAGCUUCUAAAAGCUGGUGUGAAAUUUGUCACUGAGCUUGACGCUAAAGGCAAAAAUACAAGAUACUACCCUUUAACUAAAUUAAGCAUGACAGUUACCAAUUUUGAUAUUUUGGAUUUACAAAAAACUGUUGUUGACAUGUUUGGCAACCAAGCCAAUACCUUUCAAAGAUCCAUAGACAAAGAACGCGACAAGAAAGAUUCCGGGUCUAGAGAUGUUAAAAGUGGCCCAAGAUUUGAAUGUUCGAAAUGUCAGAUUACUUUUGCUGAUGAAAGGGCUUUUCAAGAGCAUAGAGACUACCAUCUAGCCUUAAAAUUGUCCGAAGGUCUGAACGGUGCUGAAGAAACGUCCAAAAAUUUGUCUUAUGGAGAGAAGAGACUGCUCUUUUCAAAGAAAAGAUCAAAUCCACAAAACUCUGAUACCCCUCGAAAGAAACAAACUUCAUCCUCGAAAGAUAUUCUUUCGUUUUUCGCAAAAAAAUAG